GCAGCUGCGGUUCCAGCUGGGCUUUUGCUGCGACAGCUGUGGCCUCUUUCCGCGAAUGUCUGGUCAAACUGCACGGAGGUGAGGUGCCUGCUUCCUUGAGCUUCCUGUCAGCCCAGGAGCUCGUGUCGUGCUCCGCGCACCACGGCUGCUCCGGUGGAAGCGCCGCUGAGGCUUUCUACUACAUGAAACAGCACGGGGCGGCCAGGGAAACCUGUUCACCAUAUCGGAUGCGAUGCUUCCACGACCAGUCCACCAUAUCCAUGGAGGCCGCAGAUUUCAAGACAGCCGUGGCCCACACCCAGAGUUCAGAAUAUGCGACAAUGUGCCACGAGUCUGCUGAUGCGGAGACAGCCGCCUGUAAAUGCCUGCCCAACGUCUUCCACCUUUCGGAAACGGUGGCCUGUGACUUGCUUCCCGCUGCAUGCCCAAAGACUCGUAUUCCCAGCUACUUCAAGAUCCGGGGGACUAUGGAGGGCAAUACCGUGCCAGAGUUGGAGCGACACAUGAUGCAGGAGCUGAUUACCGAUGGUCCUUUGUACGUGUCGCUCUUCCUCUAUGAGGACUUCUUUGAUCAGACCUCCUGGUCCGAAAGUGGGAUCUACGAGCACAGACGCGGUGAUCCUCUCGGAAGGCACGGUGCUGCGCUGAUUGGCUGGGGCACGGACAUGGACAGCCGUGACUAUUGGCUGCUGCUCAAUUCUUUUGGAAUGCAGUGGCGUCAGGGAGGCUACUUCAAGAUUCUGCGUGGAGACACACCCGAGCAGUUGCUCCACUACGGUGCCUGGGGUGCAGAUUUUCAGUCUACCGAAGAUGAGAAGAAGCGUGCUCCGGCAAUCUUCGCAGUGGAGGUGUCCUUCUCACCCGUUCCUCUGCGCCAUGGCAUCGCCAGCGAGCCUUUGACAGAGCUUGCGCAUGUUUGGUUGCGUGUUGCGUUUGCCACCGACGAGCGGGCCAAAGCUCUUGUCCGCGUCCUCGGACUGGCAAGCGGCAUGACAGCAGAAGUUUCAGAGAAAUCCACGCCGACCAGCACGGUGGAACUGGGAGAAAUAGAAGGAGGUGAGGCUCACACCGUUCAGAUUGACCUCAUGCAGCACUCUUUGUUGGGUGAUCGACUUGAGCUGCGUGUUUGGGCAUCCGACAAAGCCGACAACACAGGAAGCUGGGGUCCGGUGGCCUUCGAUGUCCCUGACCUGCACGUCUUCAGGAAAUCCCUGUCAGACGUGGAUUACAGCCGACGACUGGAAGAUGAGGCCGCUCGCAUGCCCUCGGGGGCAGAUUCGCCAAAGGGCAAGGAUCAGAAGCCUUUCAGAUGGGACGUCGAGACGCUUCACUUUCACAUCUGA